AUGGCACCUUUGUUGAAGUUUGAGCGCGCAGCUGCCAAAAAUCAAUAUUUUCUUGAAAAAUCGUUUUAAUUUUAUGUUAAAACAUCAAAAUGCCUGAAACAAUAAUAGAAAGUGUCCUUACAGGAAAACUAGACUCGAAGUUAUUAAUAAAGUGGUUAAACGACGAAUCUUUAGAGGACAUAUCUGAGGACUGUAUAUUGAAUUGUUGUAACAAGAAUGAUUUUGUGACGUGUUUUUUAUCGUUUUUGAGGACUCAAACUGAUAGCAUCUUACAAACAAACAGCAAUGCAGUACAAAUACUCCAACACAGUACUCCGGAGAAACUCCUCAGUACGAGACGAAAGCACCGUAGAUCCAUCAGUGAUCCUACCAGUGAAGACCGAACAAUGGACAGUCUCUCAGUUAAAACAGACAGGCAACGGAGCCAUGAAUCUCCAAGCAAAGACCGUAAAAGAACAGGCAGGAGGGUAAAAACUAAACUGUUCAACGAAGACAAGUCAAUAAACCAGUCCGCAUCCUCUGAUGAGUCCAGACUUAGUACCGGAGUAGAUAGGCUAAUUCUUUCAAGUACACCAAUGAAAAAUGGCAUCAAACCGUCCGAUUACCCUAACCUGUCAUUCAGCAGUCCAGUAACUCCUCGUAGCUUUGUCAAAGAACAUCAUGAACGAUGUGACACACCAAGACUAAGUCACCGGCAUUCAAGAUCUCAGGAAAAAAGCUGUUUAGGAGAUUAUAUGGUGAAUGUAACAAAGAGUAGUAAAAAGAAGAAAGGUAGAAGUUCAAUAGAGAGCGAUGAUAGUAAACCGGAGUUAGAUUUGACUAACUCGGAGAUGUUCCCGGAGAUUGGUGCGAGGAAAGCUAGUUCUUUAAGGUCUGAGAAGCGAAGGAUCAAACCGACUAAUAUUGAUAAGUCACAAAAAAGUAUAUCCUUAAACAGUUUUAGUUCAGAGUCUAUACAGACAUCACCGUCUUUAGUCGAAGAGAACUCAGCUUUUAAACAACAACGGAUUCAAGUUAAGGAAACCAACAGUUUUGAGGCCGAAAGGAACUUUUUGAAGCAAGAAAGGCAUAAAUUGAUGGAAAAAUUCAACAUUUUGAACACUUCAUCUCCGCAAAAGGUCAUAGCGACUCCGCAAAUAAAGAUUACUCAAAAGAAUUCAAUAGAAAAAUGUCAAAGUUAUGUCAAAAGUGAUGUGGCAAUGAUUCUAUUUAAAGAUAAACUUGAUUUGUUGGUGGAAAUAUAUGAAAUUUUAAUGACGAGCAAUCUUAUACUGAGUUUGAACACCGAGAUAUAUUUUUUGAUAUCCAUUUUGAUAUCAAAGCAGUUUGAGGAUGACUAUGUGUUAGCUCAGAAUAAGUUGAAGGAGAACGAUAUGGGGUAUUUGUUGAAAACUAUACACAAUAGUACGUAUUUUGCAGUCAAAUCACUUUGGCACCAACGAGUUAUAUUGGAAGUUAUACUUGAUAAAAGCUCUUUGAAGACUUUAGGUGAAAACAAAAAGGUCCGCAGUUUUUACCCGGACUUGGCAAAGUUCUUGCUAAACUGCUACGGGAUCCGGUGUGAGGCCGAAAACAAUCAGGAUAAGUCGAGACAGAGCGAGUCUCAGUCUAAUGGCGUUGUUUGUUUCAACUCUGAGACUGAUAAUAUCGAUAAUUUCCCUUCGAUGCUCAGUUUUCAGACUUUUAAAAAACAGAGAGAUAUGUUCUAUGAAAUUUGGAGAUGGUACCAGGAGACCCAGUCAGGAGGAUCUCGUUCCUCCCUCCGGGGCAGAGUGAAGGCCCUCCUGUGUACGGGCGCGGGCCCGUGUAACCUGGCCCACCUGGCCAAUCUAUUUACUUCGCACAUGUUCCAACACUGCUUACCUGCCAGCAAACAGGAAUCGAAGCUAAGCAAGCUGCAGCGUCGUCUGACUUGCCCCAACGCGCCCGAGUCACAUCGACUGCCGCAAUUCAGUCAACAAGAAAUGUUUUAUAAGGAUUUCAUAAUAAAUGCUGAGAACGAAUCGUUUCGCGUACAUCUAAGGGACGCUAUAGCUUCGGAGAUAUGUGUUCUAGAUGGUACACAUAUAGCGUCCGAUGAAAGAGGGAACUCAAACUUCGAUGUAACAAAGGAAUACCUAGCUCUCUCAAAAAAACUAGGUCUCCUAGCGAAGUUCCUAGGUCUAUUAGCGUCCUUACCUUAUACCCAGCUCACGAUAGACGCUACUAAUAAGAAUACAGUCACAAAGGUGAUCAGCAGAGAAGUAAAUUAUGCGACCCCUAAAGAAAAGGUUUUGGCGAACGAUUUAGCUUUGAGAAAUUAUAGUCAACCAGCCAUAGACUUACUAGGUAUAUUAAAAAACGCACUCGAAAACGGUCGAUUAUCGAUAUCCUUACCGUGGAUUGUACACUAUUUAUCGAUGCUAGACUACACAUCAUUAAGAAUAACAUACUACCAAAAUCUACUAAAAAUCCUCUUCGACAUACACACGAAUCGACUAAAAAUACACAACACUACAUUAAAAAAGAACACUAUAAUAUAUUUAAAAUCGAUUCUCGGAUGGUUAUUCGACUUACCGCAUUUCCCUCAAGAAUUGUUCUAUGAAAAUCGACUAAAUGUUAGUGCGGGGAACGAUUUGCAUAUCGAUACUUGUGAUUUAGUCGACGAAUCGGUCAUAAUAGAGUUGUGCCCUCAUUUGAGAGAUUUGAACGUGUUGCUAUCGACAUGUAGAGUGUCGCAGGACCAGAAGGAUAUGGCCAGUUAUCGACAUAUUACUCCGGUCAGCUUAACCUUAAAUCCCGAGGAUCGGAUGAAGAACAAGGAGAAGGAGUUGCAGGCGCGUCUAGAAGAAGAAUUACUGAAGAGCCAGCCGUCUUCCACUCGCCGGGUGCUCGAGUUGGUAAUCGAACGAGUGACCUCGGCAUGUGUGAGGGAGCUCUCUGCUCAUACUCUGACAGAGGUGCGAGAGAGGGCCGGCAGAGCUGUAGCUAAGAUGGUCGCUAGUUAUCAGGGGGAUCAGGCGAAUCUCCUACCGUCAGCCCAGCAAAUAUACACGGAGCAUCUCCAGUUACUGAGGAGCAAGGCGCUGGAGUCAGGUCGCGCGUCCAUCCGGCGCCGCAGCUCGGCGGCCGUGGCGGCGCUGCUGGCGGCGGCACCCGCCCCGCUCGUGGCGCUCGUCGUGCGCGCCGCCGGGGCUCGGCUCGACAAGUGGCUGCACGACAACUGGGCCACGCACGCUGUCCUCUGCAAAGAUAUAGAAUCUGAAGUUAAGACACUAGUCGCACUCGGGGAUCUAGCGGUCACCACAUGUCACAAGAACGCAGUGGAUGUUAGUGCUAUGACUACACCGGGGGCUCAGUUCACGGCUCAGCAUGUCAGCGCCGCCGCUUGUGUUAUUAAUUUGAAGGAACAAGUGUGCCUCCUCCUAGACGGCAGUGACAGUCCCUGCCUACCCCGCGUCCUAUCAAGUUGCGCGCUAGCAUGUACACCGACCAACAUGUUCAUUCGCCCGCCCACACAGCGCGCUAUAUUGCAGCUUAGCGUCGACCUGUGUGUUGUUUUUGUAAGCCGAAAACCGAAAGAUGUCAACGAAUCCUUUUUAUCAAAACUCCAUGCAGUAUGGAACGUUUGCUGUCCAGACAGGAAGAGAUCUCCACCUCAAGAAAUAACUCUUCCGGAAAGGCGAGAAGAAUUAUCACCACAAUUCCGAAAUUUCGAGGAUGAAGAACGCGCCCCAACGCCAAUAAGCGACGAAGAUAUUCCCACGAAAAUCGUCAUAGUUACCAACCCGGAGAACUUGGAACCGAAAUCGGAAAAUUUGCCUCUAAACUCGGAGAAUUUGCAACAAAACUCGGAAAGUUUGCCCCAAAAAUCGGGUAGUCAAGGCCAAGAGAGUGAUGAUAGUGAUGUGAAUUUGGAGUUUUUCGAUAGGAUUUUGUGUCCAAGGAAUAUAAUGUUGCUUAGUGAUGGGAAAAGUGUCGAUGUUUGGGAGGCAAUGGCUACAGUCUUAGUAUUUUUGUUGAAACAUGAUUAUUUGAGCGAAGAUUCUCUAACGGAGCAGUGCUUAGCUGUGUACAGACAGGAUUGGUCUCAGAGCGUCCUAGAAAGUCUAUCGACGUGCAUGAAGUCGGUGUCAGCGCGGUGGUCGCGAUCAUCUACCGGCAAGUUCACACUAUUUCUAGAUUUCCUAGCCGAAUACUGCGGGGAUAUGGAUUAUGAUCCGUCCGAUCCAAUAGAGGGAUAAAUCGUUAAUCACCAUGUUUGUAAAUUAUUAUUUUUAAUCACCACUUUGAGUUUAACGAGAGUUAAUCGCCAAGUUUGAUUGUCUGUUGAGUAUAACGGGAAAGUAAUCGCUGUUUAACAUUAGUGUUAAUCACCAAUUUAUAAUUAACUUAUUAUGUGGUGAUUUAUAAAAGUUGUAUUGGUAAUGAAGGCUGUGAUUGUGAUCAUAGGGUUUGUAGACAGAAAGAAUAUUCCUUGAGAGUGUUUAACGUGAAAGUAUAUCGCUAAUUUUAAUACAGGCAAGUACGGUGGCCAGUAGAUCAGCUUCGAUUUUGGACUUUAUGUCAAUUAUUUUUAUGGCAUAAGCCGAUAAACAAGCUGACGGAUCACCUGAUGGUAAGCAAUCGGCGUCGUC